UUUCGUUCACAGAUCAACGUCAAAUCUCUCAUAAUUAACAUGGUAGCUUGUUUUGAAGUUUCGUUACAACUUUCAGGCUAAAAAAAUAUAAACAUCAGAAUAAAGAAAUAUGCAUAAUCAAUAGAUGUGUUUAUACUUUCAUACGUUUAUUAAAAUUAAAACAAAAACACGUUUAUUAAUUGAUAGUUAAUUCUUUCGUAACUAUUUUUUUUAUAAUUAAAAACAAUUGUUACAAGUUACCUGUAUUUAUAUAUUACUCAUUAUUAUACCAUAAGGAGUGUAUACAGUAUAUACCCAUUUUUAUAAUCGAUAAAAAGACCUAAAAUCGAGAUGCACGAUGACAAUUUUUUGUUAGGCUACCGAAUACGGGAAGUUGAUGCAACUGCAUACUAUGUAUCAGAAUUCAUAACAGAGGCAGAAGAGAAAAAUAUUUUAAGUAAUGUGUAUGGUGUUCCGAAGCCGAAAUGGACACAACUGUCUAAUAGAAGACUACAAAAUUGGGGAGGAAUCCCCCAUAACAAAGGCAUGAUAGCUGAAACUAUUCCAAUGUGGCUUAACAAUUACCUACUAAAGAUUGACAAAUUAAAUGUAAUGAAUGGGAAUAAGCCUAAUCAUAUAUUGGUAAAUGAAUAUACUCCGGGACAAGGCAUCUUGCCUCACCUUGAUGGAUUUUUAUUUUACCCUACAAUCACUACUAUAUCUCUAGCCUCACAUGCUAUUUUGAAUUUUUAUGAACCUAUUUCUAAACAUACAAAUAUUUUAAAACCAAAAUUUUCAUUUCUUUUAGAGCCUAGAAGUUUAUUGAUUCUACAAGAUAAAUUGUUUAGCCAUUAUUUGCAUGGCAUAGAAGAUAUUAAUGAAGAUAUAAUUACUGACUCAAUAUUAAAUUUAGAUAUGUGUUCAAGUAAAUAUUCCAAAGAAAAAAAAAUUCUGCGUGAAACUAGGAUAUCAUUGACAAUAAGACAUGUUCCAAAAACAACUACAUUUAAGAUUAAUAUUGGGAAACAAUAGCAUUGUUUAAGAUAUUAUUUAUAUAUAUUACUAUACUAAAGUUGUUAAAUUUUUUUGUAACCUUAAUACUAGAAGUAAUACAAGUUAUUCAAAAAUUAAAUGGUAAAAAAAAAUAUA